UUAUGUUUAACAGUUUGUAAUAACUAAUUACAAACUGUUAAUAACUAAUAACUAAUGUUUGAAUAAAUAAUUCCUACUGCUUAACAUGAGUCUCCGGUAACUAAUGAGUGUCCACCCUAAUUAAUGAAGGACUUGUCGACUUCAUUUAAACAAUAAUGAAUACAAUGAGUAAUCUCCCGGAACAAGUUAUUUCAUAUACAGAUCUCGUUGCUUGUUCAAAGGAAUAAAACACUUCUCUGUGCACAAUCUGUGCACAAUCUGUGCACAAUGAUCCGCUGUGGCGGCAACAGCCUGCAGGUCCAUCACACGGACGUGUCAUCUGCUCUGCAGCGGGAGUCCAGCUCAAACACUUGCUUACUUUGUAACAGGACGUUUGUAUUUGCGUUGGAAUUUGACGGAAAAUACCGUGCAGAAGCGACCAGCUGUGUGGGAACGGGAAGCGGUUCCGCUGCUGAAGUGUCAAAGAUCUGAGCUGAUCCUACCUGGAGCAACUCCUCCGGUUUCACUGCAGGGCACCACUGCGUCAGCUACAGCUGUCCUGCAGCCCCGCACUGGCUGCCAGAAGGGGAGAAUUACGCCCUCGGUGUACGGCUUGACGGAACACUUGAUUUUUUUUUCAAAGUUUCUUGGAUUCUGUGGAAAUAUUUGAUUUACCGUGCAAGGUAACCCACCACCUGCCGUCUUCUGUCUUCCAUGGGUUGUUAAGCCUUAAGCUCCUCCUAGGGAAACCCCGGUGUGGCGGUAUCCCUUCGCAAUGCGAAGAUGGCGACCCUGCUCCCUCCCCCAGGCAUCGAUGUGUUCCGCCGUUUCACCCAGGAAUCACUGGCGGAGAUCGAGAGGCUCCAGGAGGAAGUAAAAAAGGCUGCUGCAGUAGAAGACCACAUCCACGACCAUGAGGAGGAAGAGAAACCAACCCCACACGCUGAUCUGGAAGCAGGCAAGAGUCUGCCCAUGAUCUUCGGAGACCCUCCACCAGAGCUCUUGAACACACCUCUGGAGGACCUGGACCCCUUCUACAAGGCACAGAAAACAUUCGUUGUGAUCACCAAAGGAAACACAAUCUUCAGGUUCAAUGCUGAACCGGCUUGCUACAUUCUGAGCCCCUUUAGUGUGGUUAGGAGAGGAGCCAUCAAAAUUCUCAUACAUUCAUUAUUUAGUAUGUUCAUCAUGAUUACAAUUCUAUCGAAUUGCGUGUUCAUGACGAUGAGCAACCCACCAGCAUGGAGUAAAACUGUUGAGUAUGUUUUUACUGGUAUUUAUACCUUUGAGGCAACAGUCAAAGUGUUGUCUAGAGGUUUCUGUGUUGGAUCGUUUACAUUCCUUCGAGAUCCAUGGAACUGGCUGGAUUUCAUGGUGAUCAGCAUGGCAUACGUCACUGAGUUUGUUGACCUUGGCAAUGUGUCAGCCCUCAGGACAUUUCGUGUACUUCGAGCCCUUAAAACAAUUACUGUGAUUCCUGGUUUGAAAACCAUUGUGGGCGCUUUGAUCCAGUCAGUGAAGAAAAUGGUGGAUGUCAUGGUUCUGACCGUCUUUGCUCUUGCGGUUUUUGCCCUUGUCGGGCUUCAACUUUUUAUGGGAAAUCUGCGACACAAAUGCAUACGAUGGCCCAUCCCAGCAAAUGAUACAGACUUUGACUUCUUUAACACCACCUCCAUAUUUAAUGACACUCUGUCCUUCAACGACACCAUGGGUUUCAACGCUACAACAUAUUCAAACAGUACCUUCAAUUUCACUGAAUAUAUCGAAAACCCAGAUAAUCAGUAUUUUUUGGAAGGCAGCCUAGAUGCUCUUAUAUGUGGAAACAGUUCUGAUGCUGGAAAGUGUCCAGAAGGAUACACAUGCAUGAAGGCUGGGAGAAACCCCAACUUUGGCUACACCAGCUUUGACACUUUUGGCUGGUCCUUCCUAGCCCUCUUCAGACUCAUGACGCAGGACUACUGGGAGAACCUUUUCCAGCUGAUCCUGCGGGCGGCUGGAAAGACAUACAUGCUGUUCUUUGUGGUGGUUAUCUUUCUGGGCUCCUUCUACCUCAUCAAUCUCAUCCUGGCUGUGGUAGCCAUGGCUUAUGAAGAACAGAAUCAGGCAUCUCAGCGAGAGGCCAUAGAGAAAGAGGAGGAGUUCCAGCGACUACUAGAGCAACUUAGGAAUCAAGAACAGGCCCAACUUCUUGGGAGCCAAGCCAGUCUAACCAGUAAGAAGUCGCUCAGUCAUCACACAGCGUCUGAGUUGGCAGAUGAUGAACAGAGCCUCGAACACGAUGAAACUAUCAAAGACUGUAACGGGAGACUUAUUCCCCAGCUCAUCAUCAGAUCGCCGACCAUGGAGGAGUCUGCUCUUGAUUAUGAACUCAAAGAGAUGUCAUUAGGCUCUGCGCACAGCAUGCUUCAUCUGGACCAACCAAGCCUGACAAAGAGAUCUUCUAGUGCUAUGACUGUGCUCACUGCAGCUACUAAGGAAGAGCUGGAGGAGGCUCAGAGGCCGUGUCCACCUCGGUGGUAUAAGUUUGCUGACAAGUUCCUGAAGUGGGACUGCUGCGAGUCCUGGGUGGUCUUUAAAAAGUGGGUGCACUUUGUAGUGAUGGACCCUUUUAUCGACCUGACCAUCACCAUCUGCAUCGUGCUCAACACCCUCUUCAUGGCCAUGGAGCACUACCCCAUGACCCCGGAGUUUGACUACAUGCUCUCAGUGGGGAAUCUGGUUUUCACUGGGAUCUUCACAUCAGAAAUGUUCUUUAAACUUAUCGCCAUGGACCCUUACUACUACUUUCAAGUUGGCUGGAACAUUUUCGACAGCAUCAUUGUCACUCUCAGUCUGGUGGAGUUAGGCCUGGCGAAUGUCCAAGGCCUGUCUGUCCUCAGGUCCUUCCGUCUGCUUCGUGUCUUCAAACUAGCCAAGUCCUGGCCCACGCUCAACAUGCUGAUAAAGAUCAUUGGUAACUCAGUAGGAGCUUUAGGAAACCUGACUUUGGUGCUGGCCAUCAUUGUCUUCAUCUUCGCUGUGGUGGGCAUGCAGCUCUUUGGCAAGAGCUACAAGGACUGUGUGUGCAAGAUCUCCGCAGACUGCGUGUUGCCACGUUGGCACAUGAACGACUUCUUCCACUCCUUCCUCAUUGUGUUCCGCAUUCUGUGCGGGGAGUGGAUCGAGACCAUGUGGGACUGCAUGGAGGUGGCCGGGCCUGCAAUGUGUUUAGUGGUCUUCAUGAUGGUGAUGGUCAUUGGAAAUCUAGUGGUGUUGAACCUCUUCCUCGCCUUGCUGCUCAGCUCGUUCAGUGGAGACAACCUCGCGGCAGGAGAUGAGGACGGAGAGCUGAACAACCUCCAGAUUGCCAUUGGCAGGAUCACACGGUACAUGAACUGGUUUAAAGCGUUCAUCGUUCGAAGGAUCCUCCAGUUACUGGAAAGAAAGCCGCCGGAGUCUGAGGAGGGCCCGGUGGAUGACGAGGACCCUAAAAUGGAGGGGCUUGAAAUGAACCACAUGGACACCAGUCAGAACUUCAAAAUGGCAGAUGGGAUAUCUAAUUGUUUGGUUGAACGCCGGCCCUCUGGAUUUAUUGUGGAUGGAGAGCUCACUCUCAAUGUGCCAAUUGCCCAGGGCGAGUCAGACUUUGAAAACCUGGGUGAGGAUGAUGAGGAUGACACUAAUGACUCGGUUUCAGAUGAGAAAGAUAACCAACAUAACUCGGAAAACUUCGAAGAUGACAAUAGUCUGUCAAGAGAUGUCAAACUGAUGGGUGUUUUGGAGGAUGAUGGGGAUUCAUCAGUAUGCAGCACAGUGGACUAUCAACCACCUGAGCCUGAACCAAUAAUAGUGGAAGAAGAGGAGCCUGAACCAGUGGAACCAGAGGCCUGCUUCACUGACAGCUGUGUCAAGCGAGGGCUAUGUCUAACUGUGGACAUCACCGAAGGCAGAGGCAAGAAAUGGUGGAACCUCCGCCGGACUUGCUUCACUAUUGUAGAGCAUGACUGGUUUGAAACCUUCAUAAUAUUUAUGAUCCUCCUCAGCAGUGGAGCUCUGGCCUUUGAAGACAUACACAUAGAAAGACGCCGAACCAUCAAAAUUAUUCUGGAGUUUGCUGACAAAGUUUUCUCCUACAUCUUCGUCAUCGAGAUGUUACUUAAAUGGGUCGCAUAUGGCUACAAGACGUACUUCACCAACGCUUGGUGUUGGUUAGACUUUUUCAUCGUAGAUAUUUCCCUGAUUAGUUUAGCUGCCAACUGGAUGGGCUACUCUGAACUUGGACCAAUCAAAUCCCUCAGAACUCUCAGGGCACUAAGGCCUCUUAGAGCGCUGUCAAGAUUUGAAGGGAUGAGGGUGGUAGUAAACGCUCUUGUUGGAGCGAUUCCCUCCAUCUUCAAUGUGCUGCUGGUGUGUCUGAUCUUCUGGCUCAUCUUCAGCAUCAUGGGAGUUAAUCUGUUUGCUGGCAAGUUCUACCGCUGCAUCAACACCACCACAGAGGAGCUUUUCGACAUAAGUGAGGUCAACAACAGGAGCGACUGCAUGGCCAUCGAAGAAGCCACGCAGGAUGCCCGCUGGGUCAAUGUCAAAGUCAACUAUGACAAUGUUGCAAAGGGCUACUUGUCCCUGCUUCAAGUGGCAACUUUUAAAGGUUGGAUGGACAUCAUGUAUGCUGCCGUUGACUCAAGAGAGGUUGAGGAACAACCUUCCUAUGAGAUCAACCUCUACAUGUACAUAUACUUUGUCAUCUUCAUCAUCUUUGGCUCUUUUUUCACACUCAACCUCUUCAUUGGUGUCAUUAUUGAUAAUUUCAACCAACAAAAGAGAAAGUUUGGAGAUAAAGACAUCUUUAUGACUGAGGAACAAAAAAAAUACUACGAGGCCAUGAAGAAACUUGGUUCCAAGAAGCCACAGAAGCCAAUUCCACGUCCAACAAACCUAAUCCAGGGCAUGGUGUUUGACUUCAUCAGUCAGCAGUUCUUUGACAUCUUCAUCAUGGUGCUCAUCUGCCUCAAUAUGGUGACCAUGAUGGUGGAGACAGACAACCAAAGUCCAGAGAAGGAGGAUUUCCUUUUUAAAGUCAACCUGGCUUUCAUUGUGGUCUUCACUGGAGAGUGUGUGUUGAAGCUCUUUGCCCUGCGACAAUACUUCUUCACCAAUGCAUGGAACAUUUUUGAUUUUGUUGUGGUCAUCUUGUCAAUAUCUGGUAUAAUGCUCUCAGACAUAAUUGAGAAGUACUUUGUGUCACCAACUCUGUUCAGAGUGAUCAGACUGGCCAGAAUAGGCAGGAUUCUGCGUCUUAUUAAAGGAGCUAAGGGCAUUCGGACGCUUCUCUUCGCUCUAUUGAUGUCACUUCCUGCCCUAUUCAACAUUGGCCUCCUGCUCUUCCUCAUCAUGUUCAUCUUCUCCAUAUUUGGCAUGUCAAACUUUGCUUAUGUCAAAAAGGAGGCUGGAAUCGAUGACAUUUUUAAUUUUGAGACAUUUGGCGGUAGCAUUAUUUGCUUGUUUCAGAUUACAACGUCCGCUGGCUGGGAUGGACUUUUACUUCCAAUGCUGAACAGGGAGCCCCCAGACUGUGACCCAAACAUUGAGAAUCCAGGUACGGAUGUAAGGGGUAACUGCGGCAGCCCAGGCAUGGGCAUGGUAUUCUUCUGCACCUACAUCAUCAUCUCGUUCUUAGUGGUGGUCAACAUGUAUAUCGCCAUCAUCUUAGAAAACUUCAAUGUGGCGCAGGAGGAGAGUGGUGACGCCCUCUGUGAGGAUGACUUUGAGAUGUUUAAUGAGACUUGGGAGAAGUUUGACUUAGAUGGAACUCAGUUCAUUAAGUAUAGCCAGCUCUCUGAUUUUUGUGAUGCCUUACUGGAGCCGCUGAGGGUGGCCAAGCCCAACCGGCUUCGCCUGAUUGAAAUGGAUCUGCCCCUGGUCAUUGGGGACAGGAUCCACUGCCUGGAUGUCUUGAUGGCUGUCACACAGAUGGUCUUGGGAGACACGGUGGAGAUGGCGGCAAUGCGAUUGAGCAUUGAGGCUAAGUUUAUCCUGAACAACCCCACCUCAGACUCCUUUGCACCGAUUACCACAACUGUACGCCACAAAGAAGAGGAGUGGGCUGCUGUAGUAAUUCAAAGAGCUUACCGCAGCCACCUACUGAAACGCUGCAUACGCCACGCUGCUUUCAUGCACUGCUCUAAGAAGAUGGAGAGAGAAGACAAAGAUGAAGAUCCACCAGAAAAAGAGGGGCUGCUUGCACGAAAGAUGGGAGUGCUUUAUGGUAGCAAUUUGGACCUUGCAGAGGAGAUGGAGCGGGCUGCUUUAGAAAUUCUAGCAACCCAAGAGCUUCUUCAACUCGAGACAUUGUCACAUUACAUAGAGGCCGAAGCUGGUCCAGAAACUCCUGAGCCAAAUAUCAUAGUUGUACCUGUGGAAAUUACUAAUGAGGUUUUAUUACAUUCUGCCCCCAAUCAACACCUUUUAAACCUGAGAGAGUCAAUUGUAUAGCCAACAGCAGAAGACGUUAUGUCGUCCUCUUGUAGUUUUUCACCAGUCGAGGAAGUAGUGUUAACAGUUGACGCAAAGUGUCACCAAUCUAGCUGACUUUUCCACAUUAGAUUAAGAGGUUACAUCAAGCAAAUGAAUGUUUAAACUGCAUUUUUUUUAUAUAUAUAUACUUAAACUUACUGUUUUUUCAUGCAAUAUUUAAUAUAUUGUGUCUUUUUGGGUUGAAGGUGGAACUGAAGUUCAUGGUUUUCUUUGAUAAUAACCAUACAGACAUCAGCAAAUGUCACCACCAUUAAUGCUGGCUGGGGAGGGACAGGUAAGUAAUCUUAAAUCAACAAAUUUGCUGUUGUAGGGUGAAAUAACAUCAUCAUCAUGGACCAGAACCUGUGAUAUAAUAGAUUUACAGUGAAGAAAUACAUGCUGAAUUGGGAAAUACAGCAAAGAUUUGCUCACUCCAACCCUUUCAAUUAUUUUUCUAAAUGUAUUGAGGUCUGAACAUGGCAUUUUUCAGUGGAUAUUAAUGCACGCUAUGGUUGAGUCCAUCAUUAAUGCUGGCAAUAACUUUACUUUUGAUAUGGCUAUUACCAGAAAACCAAACCAUGCGCCCCAGUUUCCAACCAAAGAGCAACUUGAACAUCACAUGACAAAACCUGAAUUAUCCUUUCACAGGAUUUUAUGCUAUGCUCAUGUCAUACACAUACACAUUUUUGCACACAAGCCUUCAUUUUAUGACAGUUAAGACUAUGACUUGACUCUCUGUGUUGCCUUAAAGCGAAAGGAAAUCCAACCUUUUUGCUCUCUUUGAUAUGACAUGAGUCUAGCACUAUUAUCCAACUCUGAGCAGUAGAAAAUUAGAUUAAUAUUCACACAGCACUACUUCACCAUGAGAGCCACGCUGAAAUUGUACCAUUUUAGCCAUUUCACUGUACUUUUCUUUUUUGAAAAAUGAAACAGAGCAAAUUCCUAUUCCUGCUGCUUACUUAAAGUCACUUUCAUGUGGAAUCUCAUCAGUGCAAUGGCUCUACAUGCUAAUUCUUUCAAUUAGACGCUAAAGCACAUUUUUUUUAUGGUGGUAUUGUACAUAUGUAAAUGGACAACUGAAAAUAAGGCUUAUCUUGAUAACAUUUAUCCCAGCCUACCAGUGAAACCCUGAUCUCUGCUAUUCAUUACUAGUUAAAGGGAAACUUUGGUAUUUUUCAGUCUGGACCCUAUUUUUC